AUGCCUUCAAAGGCCAUCUUGCGUCCCGGGGAAGCAUUGGCCGCCGCCCGGCAAAUCGGAGGAGCCAAACAGCUGAUUGCCAGUGAUCGACUUGUCGACGUGGAAGCCGUUUUCGAGCGACGCGACAAAGUUACCCACAAAUGGGACGAUGAGUUCUUUGUGAAUCUGUCGCUGAAGCGGAAAUGUUCUGUAGUGCGUGGGAAGGGAUCGCUGAUUGACGAAAAGGUCUUGGUAAAGAAUAUCAACGGCCAGGAACGGGCAUUACUCGCCAAACACGCCGUUGUCAUUGCCACCGGUUCGGACCCUGUCAUCCCAACAGAGAUCAAGGGAAUUAACCAGAUCAAUUAUUGGACUCCAAGAGAUGCCACUGCGGCAAAUACAGUCCCUGAGCAUUUGAUUAUCGUGGGGUCAGGCGUCGUGGGCUGUGAGAUGGCCACCGCAUUUUCAACUUUCGGCAGCAAGGUCACCAUGAUAAGUGCAACAUCUGAAGUCCUGGGUCGUUACGAGCCGGAAGCCGGGAAGCGCGUUCGAGAGGCGUUGACAGCUCGGAAUGUCGUGUUUCAUUUGUCUUCGAGGGUGAACGAAGCCUGGAAAGAGAGCGACGGCAGGAUAUCAGCGAAGCUGAUCUUAGGACAAGUCGUCACCGGCUCUACCAUUCCCAUAGCCACCGGCAGAAAGCCUCGCACGGAGGGCAUCGGCUUAGAAAGCAUUGGCCUGACCAGUGCCACUGAUGUUGAUCAGAGUCUGUGUGCCUCUUCCGUCGACCGCAACUGGCUAUAUGCAAUUGGAGACGCAAACAAUCGAGCUCCGUUGACACACAUGGGCGAAUAUCAGGGUCGAAUUGCAGCAGCCGCCAUUAUCGCUCGAGCUGCAGGAGUUGAUGUGCAAGCGCCACAGCCUUGGAGUGGCUUCGCCGCCACCUCAGAUCAGGUUGCCAUUUCGCAGGUGGUUGUGACGGAUCCAAAUGUUGCUACAGUUGGCCUGACCUUGGCAGAGGCAUCUAAAAAGGGCAUAAAGGCCGUCGAGGUGGCUUCGCCAUUCAAUUUCCCAGGUGCCUGGAUAUACGCUGAGUUCGAAUACGAUGGGUGGGCUCAAUGGGUCGUAGAUUCUGAGAGGAAUAUGCUUGUUGGGGCCACGUUCGUCGGUCGGGAGGUUGGCGAUCUCCUCCACGCCAGCACCGUUGCCAUCGUUGGUCAAGUCCCUCUUGACCGACUGAAGCAUGCUGUUGCCAGUUUUCCCACCAGGAGUGAGAUACAUGGGAUGUUGCUGGAGAAGUGGUGUCAAAUGCGGAAGUAA